AUUGAACAAAGUUGUGAUAUAGACUAGACACACCGCCUGACCCUGAGGCUGACCUAAAAGGGUAAAAUUAUUAUUGUUAUCCCACCAGUCCUACCUCCAGAAAAUAUUGGGGGCAAUGAGGAGUUUGUUAGGGUUUCGUCCACCCCACUUCUCUGAGGAGGAGGCCUGGCUUCCUGCGUGGCUUCAGCCUUCCACCAUCUCUCCUCCUUCUUCUUCUUCUGCUCAGGAAAUUCAACAAAUCGCCACAGGAGGAGGAAAUGGGCAUGAUGGCACCCUCCAUUUAUUCUUAUCUGGGGAUCCCAUGAGUUUUCCUUCAUCUUCUACCAAUCAUCAAGUUCAAUAUCAUCUUCAUCUGUCCUCAAAUGAAGAAUCUCUCAGUAGAUCUCAAGCAGAUAAAUCUGAACCUCUCCUGGUACAGCAGCCAGAGGCUAGAGUUAUCCCAGAGGAGGGUGCGCUUCCAAGCCAACAGAAGGGCGAUUUUGAAAUUGCACAUCCCAAAUCUCCCAGCUUCAAGGAGAGAUGUAGAAAAGUUGACAUCAGUGAUGCAGUUGAACUAGCUGUUGCAGCAUCAGAAGCAUUAACCAUACACAAGCUGUUAAAAGAUGAACUUUUGGUUGCCUCAUCUGUACUUGAAGCUGCAAUACGCCUAAAACAGGCACGUUUGGAGAACCUCAGUAACUCAAUUGAGUCAAGUAACGAGGUUGACUUUGACUUUCUUUCAGAUGUGGAUGACUUGACCAUGGCAGAUGCAUAUGAAGACGUGGGCUUGACUGUUGAUCUGACCGGUUAUGGCUCUCUAUCUAUUGUUAACGAUAGUUUUGCCUCUGAAAAUUAUAUAUCUAAUGCGAAACACAAGGGCAAUGAGUGUGGUGGUUCACACAAUGAUUCUGAUUCCAUUUCCCCAAAACAGGUUUACAAUGCCAAUAUAUUAUCAAAAGGCCCUAUAUUGGAAUCUUGUGAAUGUGUUACAGGCAAGGAAAAUUUUGAUUAUGAAUCAUUAGGUACAGAGAAUGCUAAUCUGGCAUCUGAUGUUGAUCCUGUGUUUAAUCGUUCGGAUGAGCAAUGUGCACCAGAGCAGGUUGACUUGCAGAGGGAGGGCUUUUCAAUGACACCAUCUCAUACCAAUUCAAAAUCUAACGGUAAAAGACAAGAUAAGAUGACAAACUUGGUGUCGGACAGAUUUCAAAGCCGCUGGUUUGGUGGUUGGACAUGGAAGAACGAAGUAAGCAUUCCUGUGGUUACAGAUGAUAAUAAUAAAAGAAGUGUUCCUGAACCAUUUGCUAAUGAAACGAGCUAUCUUUCAGAAUCUGCUCCAGACAUGAGUUCCUGCAUGCAGAGACGAGAUAAAGACAAAACUGUUUCUCAAUCAAGCGCAGCUCCUCAACAUGCGUACGAGAAAGCUAAUGAUAACGGGAAUUUGAUUUCUGAUGAUGUGGCAGUUUCUCCCAUGGACCCUUUGUGUUCUGUUGUUCCUUGCAGCUUUUCCUUGGAUAAUGUUGUAUCUCAGAAUUCCCAACACCAGGAGCAUCUGGGCCCCGCGGUUGAACCUAAUCUGGAUAAUUUACAAGUUAAUGGUGACAGUUCGCCCACUAUACACAGGCAGGUGGCAUCCCUGAAAACUUACAGCAUGCUUCAUCCAAGGUGUGAGCCAUAUGUGGACAAAGAACACACCUCUUCAUUUGAACAUAAUCAGACUGCAGUAGCAUUGACAAGUCGUAGGAAGAAGGAGAAUGCCAAGGUUUCCCGAAAAGUAGAGUCUAUAGUUCCAAGAAGAAAACGUGUCCGUUUUUCAGAAACCGAAAUCUGUUACCCACAGGUAAAAAAAUUCCGAAAAACACCACAAACCCGACUCAAAGAUCCUUUAGUUGCAAGUAGACGAAGUAAGUCUAGACCAUGUGACAAAGAUAACAAGACGUUACUCCAAGAUCUUACCUUCUUACUUACGGGAUUUUCCGUGAAGAAGCAUAAACAAAUCAAGAUUUUAAUUCAGAAUAAUGGUGGCCUAGUUUUAGAUGAUAUUCCUUCUCCUUCAACAUCAAGAAGAAAGAGAUGCUCAAAGCUUCCUCUUAUUUUGUGUCCCAAAAAGCUUCUGACAACCAAGUUCUUGUAUGGAUGUGCAAUUAAUGCAGGUAUUCUUGAAAUAACAUGGCUGUUUGAUUCAGUUGAUAAGGGUUUGAUUUUACCACAUCAGAGAUACAAGAUUUUAAACGAUCGAUCAAACGAAAACCAUCUAAUCUUUGACAAUAUUGCAAUCAUGCUUCACGGAAAACAAGAUUUCUGCAGCAAAAUGGGAAAAGUUAUAAAGCAUGGAGGCGGGUCUGUUUUCAAAACAUUCCAUUGGUUGGUCAAGAGCCUUGAUUCUAAAAAGGUAUCAGCGGGGGUUAUCGUCAUGGAGAACGAAAACAGCAUUUCACGUCAGUUGAAACAAUGUGCAUUAGAGCAAAAAGUUCCUGUGAUGCCCUUCAAUUGGAUCAUAAACAGCUUAUAUGCAGGAAGGUUGCUUCCUUCACCACAACUUAAACUUCCAUGCAACCUGAUUCAUGUCGAAUCGAGUGAAGAAAUAUAAUGUCUGUUAUCUUCUCUUGACUGUUAAUUGAUGUUGUUGUAUAGUUAAGGGAUCGAUUAUUGUAUAACAUUUUAUCAACUUAUAAUAUUGUUAAAUUAUGUGUAA